AUGGUGAUUGGAAAACCUUUAUUCAACAAAUCCGGCCCACCAGAGUUCGUGUUCCGCGUCUUCACCAAUGUCCUUGAAUUCCAGGCUCUCCUCUUCAUCCUCUUCCUCCUGCUCUAUCUGAUGAUCCUCUGCGGCAACACCGCCAUCAUCUGGGUGGUGUGCACACACAGCUCCCUGCGCACGCCGAUGUACUUCUUCCUGGGCAGUCUGUCAUUCGUAGAAAUCUGCUACAUCACAGAUGUGGUGCCCUUGAUGCUUUCCAACAUCUUUGGGGCCCAGAAGCCCAUAUCACUGGCUGAUUGUGGGACACAAAUGUUCUUCUUUUCUGUCUUUGGCUGCACUGACUGUUUUCUCUUGACAGUAAUGGCUUAUGACAGAUACGUGGCCAUCUGCCAUCCAUUACACUACACCCAGAUCAUGACCCAGAAGCUGUGUGUCCAGAUGGUGCUGGGUUCCUUGAGCCUAGCACUCCUUCUCUCCUUGCAACUUGCCACUUUCACCUUCACGUUGCCAUUCUGUAGACAUCGCCUGGAAAUCAACCACUUCCUAUGUGAUGUGGCUCCUAUCAUGCGCCUAGCCUGUGCUGAUAUCUAUGUAAACCAGGCAGUCCUCUAUGUAGUGAGCAUUUUGGUGCUGACAGUCCCAUUCCUACUGAUCUUUAUUUCCUAUGUGUUCAUAGCGUCUACGAUUCUGCGCAUGCACUCUGCAGAAGGGCGCCAAAGAGCCUUCUCCACCUGCUCCUCCCACCUCAUUGUGGUUUUGCUGCAAUAUGGCUGCUGUAGCUUGGUGUACCUGAGACCUCGCUCAAGCACCUCAGAUGACGAGGACCGCCAAAUUGCCCUGGUUUAUACCUUUGGUACCCCGUUACUCAACCCUCUGAUUUACACACUCAGGAACAAAGAUGUCAAAGACGCUCUGAGCCACUGUGUCUUCUAG